AAUGAUUGUUGAUUUAAGAAACGUAAUGAGUGGUGGUGAUCUGAAAGGUUGGGAAGCUCUGAUGUAUAUGUAAAGCAAAAAGCGAGAUGAUGAUGGAUGAUGGGUGGAUGGUGCGAACGAGAAGAGACGUUUCGUAAGAUCGUUGCAGCGUAUUUGAGCGGUGUGAAGUGUGCUUGGGGGCUGGCUGUGCCGGUAUAGUAGAGAGCGCAAGUACCGAGUAAACAAAGAUGUCGACGAACAUGCGCGCUCCCUUCUCGCACGCUCCGGCAGUGUUUACGAGAUUAGUUUCUUGAGAAGUUCUCGGCCGAAAUGGGGGUUGUGUUGUGCUGCGUGCGUGGUGUUGUUAUCGCGUCCUCCCGCUCACCGCUGAACAACUGAUUCGUCGCGACCGCAGUGAAUUGCAAUCGUCUCGCAAAGUAAACAAGACGCUCGCAUCUUCUUCGCAAAAAUAAUACUACUACACGUUUGCUCGGCGUUCGUUCUCUCCUCUCUCUGCGCUAGUAGCUGGAGCUACACUUUCGUUGGAGCACGGGGGUACUCGCAAUAAGCUCCGCCGCAGUUGUGCGUGUGUUUUUCGUUCCUCCGUCUUUUUUUUUUCCCGUACGUUCGUUUGUUCGUCGUUGCCUGUUCCAAGUCAAGAGUGCGGUGGUCUCUCCGUUGCAUACACAUAUGUAUGUAACAUGUUUAUGUGCGGGCCUGGCCGGCUAGUGAGUGCUGUUGUUGUUAUUGUUGAUCGCCCGGUGUUGGAGGAGGAGGCAGAAGAAGUGUUGUUAUUGUUGUUGGAAGUUCGUCAACGCUUUAGUAGUUGUUCAUCGAGAGGAGUUUGCUUUGGUAACGGUGGAAGAGGCGGCAGCGUCGGCGAAGACUGCAGCAACUCCACCAACAUCAUCGCCACCACCAGCAGCAGCAACAACUAUGCGGCCGCACCGAACGAAUACUAGCCGUUCAAAAUUUACGUGAUUUGUGCAGCAUGAGACAAGGUCGCGCCGGACAACGAAAAAAUAAAUGCCUUAGCCGCCGCGUCGCUCCCCCCAUCACGCUGCCAGUCACCCUGGAGGACCCCGCCACCACCUGGAAGGGACCGCCGCCCGGCUCGGAGCCCCAGAACUUUGCCCCGAACUCGAACUCUUUCUCCGGGCCGCCGGCGGGCUUCCAGGGGCCAUCACCAUUCCAGCAGGGUCCGCCGGCGGGGGCGGGAUCACCGGCAGGGGCCGGUCCCCAGCAGCAACAACAGUACCAGCAGCAGGGGCCACCGCCGGGUUCGACGACGCCGCAGUACACGGCAUCGCCGGCGCCAUCGGGCUCGUCGACGCCGGGCCCGGGGCCGCCGCAAUCCGUUGGCAAUGCGGGAGGCUUCCCGCCGCCCCAGAACAGCGGCGGGCCGCCUUACAACGGACCCGGCCCAGGACCGUUCGGAUCGCCGUCCGCCGGUGGACCGCCUUUCGGUCGUCCUGGCUCCUCGGGGCCCCCGUUCGUCGGCGGACCGGGCCCGGGGCCUGGCAACCAAUUCGUCGCCGCCCACGCACAGCACUUCGGAACGCCGGGCGGCUUCAGCAUGCCACCGGGUUCACCCUUCGGACCCGGUCCCGGCCACCCCAUGUCCUCGCACGGUCCCAUGGGUCCCGGACACGGCCUCAUACCCGGUCAAAUGGGACCCGGUCCGAAUCCCGUCGAUAGGAUGGAUCAAGGAUCUCUGCCGGUGCCCAGGCGGCAUACACCUUACUUUGGUCAACCCGAUUACCGCAUCUACGAACUCAACAAGCGGCUGCAGCAGAGGACAGAGGUGAGCAGAAAUGAAAGUGAUAACCUUUGGUGGGACGCUUUCGCCACGGAGUUCUUCGAAGACGAUGCCUCCUUGACGUUAUCAUUUUGCUUAGAAGAUGGACCUAAACGAUAUACAAUAGGAAGGACAUUAAUACCGAGGUACUUUAGAAGCAUAUUCGAGGGCGGUGUGACGGAGCUCUACUAUAACAUGAAGCACCCGAAAGAAUCCUUCCAUAAUACUAGUAUUACACUCGACUGUGAUCAAUGCACCAUGAUUACGCAUCAUGGCAAGCCGCUAUUUACCAAGGUGUGUACCGAGGGUCGCCUUAUCCUAGAAUUCACGUUCGACGACCUGAUGCGGAUAAAGUCGUGGCAUUUCGCUGUGCGAACGCACCGGGAGCUCAUCCUGCGGUCCGUGGUCGGCAUGCAUUCGCAGCAGGAUCCAUCGGUGUUAGAUCAAUUAUCAAAGAAUAUCACACGACAAGGCAUAACUAAUUCUACUUUAAAUUAUCUUAGGCUAUGUGUAAUAUUAGAACCAAUGCAGGAACUAAUGUCCAGGCACAAAGCGUACGCGCUGACACCGCGGGACUGCCUAAAGACGACGCUUUUUCAAAAGUGGCAGAGGAUUGUUGCCCCGCCGGGUAAGCGAGAGCUGCAGCGGCCCGCGAACAAGAGGAGGAAACGCAAAGGGUCCAACUCCGGCGGGGCGGCCAACAGCGCGCCGCCAGCCCCAAACAAGAAACGAUCACCGGGCCCCAACUUCUCGCUAGCAUCACAGGACGUGAUGGUGGUGGGCGAACCCUCGCUGAUGGGCGGCGAAUUCGGCGAUGAGGACGAACGGCUGAUCACGCGGCUGGAGAACACGCAGUACGACGCGGCGAACUCCUUGGACCACGACAACCACGGCUUCCACGCGGACUCCCCGAUGCCCGGCUCGAAUACGUGGGGCCCGGGCCCAGGAGACAGGGGUGGACCGGGUGGCGUGGGCCCACCGCAAGGGGGCACCCCCUCCAACCAGGACUCCGAUAAGAAAUCACCCGCAGUGAGCCAGUGAUGUUAGUAGUUUUACGGUUUUUUCUUCCUCGACGGUUUAUUUUUUUUAACAAUUUCUUUAUUUUAUUAUUUUUUUUUUGCUCUUCUGUUUCCUAAUAACUAUUUAAGAACGCAACAACACAAUUGUGAAUCUCUCCAAGUCAGUAUUUUGUUCGAUUGAAUUGUGGGACUGCAUUGAUAUCACAUUAGUCCUUAUUCUUAUUUCUCUCCUGUUGUUCCGUUUUUCGACAUGGAAGUUUCCGAGCGUUUCACAACAAUACUUUCUUCUUCUUUUCGUGCAAAGAGGGAACAACCAACUUUUAUUCAUAUAUAAUUUUUUUUUUAUUUGCGAAAAAACGAGUUAUCAUCGUGUGUGGACACGUCUUUCGACAAGGACAAUUUCGUUUCCGUGUGCAAUUUUUCUUUGUUUUACAUUAAUUAAUUUCGGUUCUUUUUUCGAACCACUCACCAAUGGUACCUCUACAAGAUGCAGUUAAGUUGUGUACAGUAGAUUUUAAACAUCACACACUCACUCAUAUACACACCACAUACAAAGACAUACACACACACAAUACAACCCUUUUCGAAAUAAAGUAUUGAUUAAAAGAGGGAAAGAAAUGCAACAAAAAAGAAGAAGAAGAAUGAGAACGUUCCACACAGUCACAAUACCACGAAUUAACCAUGCAUUUUCUAUUUUUUUUUUUUUAAUGAUUUGAAAUUGUUUGAUAGCCGCGCAAUGCAAGAACGAUUAUAGCAAUUCUAUAAUAUAUGUAUUUUAUUUUAUUUUUUUUAUUUUCUCGAUGCGAUAUAUUUUAUGUUCCUAUUGGUUUCGUUUUUAGAAUGAUUUCGUUUUUAUUCUCCUUAUAUAAGCAAUUCAUUGUAAAUUACGCGCAUUUCUCCUUUCUCCGUUUUAACGGGAAGGAGCGAGGAAGAGAAACGAAUGCAUCAGGUUUGCAUCGGUGAUUCCAGCUAUUCGACAAUUUCAAAGCGCCACUCCCUCAACAAAUGACUCCUCCCACAAAACCAUCACAAAACCCCACCCCCACCAGUAAAUGUCACACAUAUUCCGCCGACGUUGCGAUGAUGUUGUGAUCAUCGUCGACGGUCGGCAAGGCUCGUUUUUUUUUUGUUCUCCUUUUUUGUUUAUAGUCAUGAUUCGUUGGAGUGAGCUGAGCUCUCGGGAAAGAAACUUAAUGAUUAAUGAUGAUGAUGAUGAUACAUUUUACUUUCGUUCGGAGCGACUCUCCUGUAUUAGGAUGAAUUUUGUAUAGUAAAUAUAAAUUGUAUAAGAUACUUAUAUAUAAUAAUAAUAAUAAUAUUGAUAAUGAUAAUGAAGAUGAUGAUGUCCAUUUUUUGAUGAAUAUGUAACGGAGAUUUACAUCCCGAUGUGAUGUAUUUUAUAUGAUUGAGCGCCUGGAGACACGACUGCGAAUGUGUGUUUAUGAUGAUGAUGAUUAUGAUGAAGAUGGUGAUGAUGAUGCAAAACAAAACAAAACAAAAAAAGAAAGAAUGGAAGAAAUUAUUUGUCGAUAAUCUAAUCUAAUAUUGUCAUACUGAAAAUCUAUAAUCAUGUUAUAAUUUAUUCUUUAUUUUAUUUUUAUUUUUUUUGAUUCCUUAAUUUAUAUACAAUAAUGAUGAGACGAAGACGAUGAUCAUCAUGAAUACGUGAUUACGACGUACGUGUGUAAGCGGAACAUUUGUUAUGUACAUUUUUGCACAUAUUUUUUAUGUUGAACGUUUCGAGUGUAUUUAUAUUAUAUAUUAGGGACUUUAUUGUCUAAGGUACAAAUUAAAUGGGAUUUAUAAAUAAACGUAGUCUAUAAAUAUUAUAUAUUAAAAA